UACGAGUCCCGCGGCCGCUGGGUGUUGUGUGUCUGCGUGUGAAUCACGAGAAGAGGCUGUACAACGCGAGAGAACCGGCUUCCUGUUGUUGUAUCUGGAAAACAUGGAGGUCAGCGCCGAGGCCAAGAGGAUCAUGGUGGUGGCCCUGGGGAAGCUGUACAGCUCCCGGUCCCAGAGAGGAGGGCUCCGCCUGCACCGGAGCCUGCUGCUCACCCUGGUGAUGAAGUCCGCCAGGGACAUGUACCACGAGGCCCAGGCGGCCGGGGAGGGGGUCGAGCCCGGGUGGGAACAGCCCGAGGAGGCGGCGGCGGCUCCAGGGAACACGGAGUCCCCCUGUGAGGAGCUCCAGGGCCCCGCGUCACUCCGGACUCAACCCAUGGAGGAGGUCGUGGUUUCCCGCAAGGAGGACAAGGAGAACCGGUGCCCGAGCGUCAGUGUCCCGGCUCAACCGUCGAGGAAGAGACGAGGCAAGGCGGCCGUCGAGCCGGACUUCCUCCCCUGUAAGAAGGCGAAGCUGGAGCCGGCGAGCUGCAUGCUCCUCAGCCCGGUUCUCAUGGACUAUGUGAACUGCUCCGGCCUGGGAGCUCACCCGGCCCCCAUGCCCAUCCACAGAGCCAUAGCAGCGUGUUGAAACCCAGAACCACGGGGGAUUUGAACCUUUCCCACAGGGCCCACAGGAGCCUGAACGCACCCGACAGCGGGCCACGACCCGGGGGGUCACACGGAGGAACCCCGUGGGGGGUGGUGGAUCCUACCCGGACCCCCCGAGUCCCCCAGGCCCGGACGUGACUCCGAACAAGCCAGGACAUGUUCCAGGAAUCCCGGAAGCGGCUGACGAGAGGUCCUCGGUGACUUCAGACCCGAAUCCGAGCUCAGGUCUGCAGGAGAGCGGCUGGAGUGUCGCUCCACCCGGACCAGGCUCUGAAGAGGCCUUCAUGGACAAUACUGAACUCUACAUGAACAUCUGUACGAGCACUUUGAACUCUACUAGAUGUGUUGUUGUGUUGAGGACUUCGUGCAGGAUGAAGAUGAAACAAUGUGUAAAAAAAACAUUCAAUGACUGCAACUACCUCAGUAUUUAUUAAACCUUUUCUACUUGCCAGUGAAA